AAAAGGGGGACUUUGAGCAAGAAGAAUUCUUCAGUUUUCAGGAGUCAAAUUGGAUGAUUUCUUAAAAUGGCGUACACAAAGAUCGAACUGUUUUUUUUCCUUAUAAUUUUUGGUGUUCUGACUGCCAUCUUGAUUCCAUGGAAGUAUAUUCUUGGCCAGGCUACUGCUUAUAUAUAUGCAGGCACACAAUCACCUACAAGAAAUUAUUCAGAUGUACACAAUAUUCCAAAAUAUCUAAAUUCUAUAAUCCCCAUUAAAAACACAAGUCAUUUUGUGGUGUCUGCAUUCAUUGAUCACAGAUUCAAUAAAGAUAUCCGAGUUAUCAGCAUUAUCAAAAGAGACAGAACACAGCCACUUUAUUGCAUCUACUGCAACAAUACCCAAGGUUGCAAGGUUACUGCAGCAAACAUUGAGAUACACACAGAUCAUUUUGGCUUUCCAUAUGGUGCUUCAGAUGUGCUGUGCCGGGGCAAAAACACCCAAUAUGCAACUCACGUCGCCAUUUCAGCUGAUGAACAAUCAGACAUUAAUAACCUAGACUUCCUUCCAGUAAAGAACAGCAUGAAUAAAGAAUCAUUCAAGUACAACUUCACCAUCUGUAUAUCCAGCCUUUAUGGAAACUACAAUAAUGUUCUGCAGUUUGCUCAAACCAUGGAGAUGUACAAGCUUCUUGGUGUACAACGAGUUGUAAUCUACAACACAAGCUGUGGUUCUGACUUGACAAGGCUCCUACAGCACUAUGUGAAAGAAGGAUUUCUAGAGAUUGUGCCAUGGCCUAUUGACCAGUUUCUUAACCCAUCUGCAGGAUGGAAAAUCGAAGUUCAUAAAGGGGACAUCCAGUACUAUGGCCAGUUGGUAACACUCAAUGAAUGCAGUUAUAGAAACAUGUAUCAGUCUAAAUAUGUCCUGUUGAAUGACAUUGAUGAGAUCAUCAUGCCUUAUAAGUACCCUAAUCUUGAAUUACUGAUGGAGUCUCUGCAACACGAGCACAAAGAUGUGAAUGUAUUUCUCAUAGAGAACCACAUUUUCCCAAGGACACAGUUUGAAGAAAGUGGUAAGUUUCACAGGCCAGAAUGGAAAAUUAUACCUGGUUUUAAUAUUAUGGAACACAUUUACAGAGAACCAGAUAGAAAGAACACCUACAACCCCACAAAGAUGAUCAUUAACCCUAGAAACAUGAUACAAACUUCAGUGCAUUCUAGCCUGAAACACAUUGGGCAGGAAUAUAGAGUUCCUUUUGAUGUGUGUCGGAUUGUUCACGUAAAUGCGCCAUUACAAGGAGGUCUUACCAAGAAGCAGUUAUUUGUUGACACAAGAGUGUGGGACUUUGAACAAGAACUUAUACCAAAUGUGAAUAGAGUCCUACAGUUAUCUGGUUUGUUGAAAAGAGAAAAGCAAUGUUUUCUGUUUUUUUGUAUUUAAUUUCUUAAAAACAUGCAUCCACUAGCUUUAACCAACAAAGUGACACAAAAAGUGUUUAAAAAAAGAACCUGGUUGGGUUUAUUCUGCACAAUACAAUAUCUACCAUACUCCCAAAGGUUUUUUGAAACAGAUGAUUACCAUACUUAUUAAUAUUAAUUAAUUAAUUUUUUUUUUUUUACAUUUUAUAACUACUACAUGCUGAAACCUAGCUAUGUCUGUGAUUCACAUUUUAACGUAACUUCCUUAAUAGUAUACGCAAAAUUUGGUAUUUGGAAAGCAGUCUUCCUCUUGUAUAAAUUACAUUUAAAUGCUUGUCUGAAAUCCUGUAUUAUAUUAUUAAAUUGUUGCAUAAUUAUUUUUCACUGAGAUUAAGUAAUAUGACUAAUAUAGAUUAUGAAAAUUAAAAUGGCUCUAUCUGUAAAAAUAGUAGUUUUGAGGACCUUAUUAAUCCUGCCUGUGUGAAAGGUGUGUAAGUGACAGAUACAGUACUUCUUGUUUUUUUUUCAUCUUAAAAUGUACAAGGACUAUUCUAAAUAGAGGAUGCCCUUGGUAACUGUGCAUAAAAAGGAUAGCGAGAAAGAGGAAGCCGCUCUCUCCCUCACUCUCUGUGUAUGUGUGUAUGUGUUACGACCCAAUUAUGGUCAUGGGGUAGGGAAGUAACACUCAAGAAAAAGGAUUUAUUCCCAGGAGUAUGUGUGUGAAAUGGAGGUAGCCCAGUCAACACUUCAAUCGAUAAUCUAGUUUGUAACCCAUACGUUGGAUUCACAUUAAAGAAAAGGAGGAAAAUAUCUACUAGGUCUGAGAUCACCAAACACUCAAAAUAGCAAUUUAUCUUGAUGUCUGGAGUCCCGGGUUCGGGGUCUCACUCCAAAAAAAAAAUAUUUGAAUUGUGUGUCUGCACUUGUAUGAAACCUAGUCUUAUUUUGUAUAACGGCUUGAAUAAAACACCAACACAAAAAAAUAUUAACCAAAAUGAAUAAUGU